CUUAUCCUUGGCGGUAUUGACAUACCACCCAGAAAAAUAAUGUGCGUAAAAUACGGUUAGAAUAAUACUGUUAAAUAUAUAUUUCCCAGCUAUGGAAAAGUAUGAGAAAAUACGCUUUAUUGGAAGAGGAGCUUAUGGGGCUGUGUAUCUUAGCCACAGAAUUUCAGAUAAGAAAUUAGUAAUCUUGAAGGAAAUACCCGUUGAUCAAAUGUCUUUGGAAGAAAGGCAAGCAUCGAUGAAUGAAGCUAAAGUUCUUUCAAUGCUGGAUCAUCCAAAUAUUAUUGCAUAUCAUGAAAGUUUUUUGGGUGAUAAGAUGAUGGUUAUUGUUAUGGAGUAUGUGCGAGGUGGAACAUUAUUUGAUUUCCUAAAACAGAGAGAUGGAGAACUGCUAACAGAAUUGGUGGUGGGAACUCCAUGUUAUAUAUCUCCUGAACUAUGUGAAGGUAAACCAUAUAACCAGAAGAGUGACAUCUGGGCACUUGGCUGCAUCUUAUAUGAGUUAAUGACUUUGAAGAGGCCAUUUGAAGCUAGUACAUUACCUGCUCUUGUAAUGAAAAUUAUGAGAGGUUGCUUUGAUCCAGUGCCAGAUAUCUACAGUUCUGAGUUACGAAAACUGUUGAUGAGUAUGUUAUCUCUAGACCCUCAUAAAAGACCCUCAGCAGCUCAUAUUAUGUGCCAUCCAGUUAUGAUGAAUGCUAUAUUCAAACUUUAUGUUGAUAUUGGUUCAAUACCUUCAAAAAACAGGUUGCCAUCAGGAUCAUCAUUUGCAAAUGAGAAUAUAUUGGAUGAUAGUGAAUUAAAAUUAGAAUCUGAUUCUGAUCUCUUUAUGUCAGAUGAAAAUUCUGUGAAAAAGAAAAGAAACUUUAAUACUUGGUACCUGGAUAAUAAAUCUUCAAGUAUACUUUUGCUUCCAUCUCCUCCUAAAGGUGAUAUUAAGAGCGUUUCAUUGGGGUCAAAUCAGAAAAUUGGUUUAACACGAAAUGGAUUGCUUAUAAGUUGGAAAUCCCAAUCUCAUUUUCUGGCAAGGCAAAAAUCAUGUAGUGCAACGAGCAAAGCAGAUCAGCUAGAAUCAUCAGCUGAAAAUACAUACAUAGCAUCUAUAGUGGAUGAAAAAUUUGCUGUAAACAUUUCUUUUGUUGCAUGUGGGAAAGAUUUUACAGUUUCCUUAUCUGAUACUGGUGUUGUAUAUACUUUUGGAAAAGUUUCAUCUGGAUGCUUGGGCUUAAUGUCACGAAAAGAUAUACUCCAGCCUAGAAUUCUAGCAGCUCUCUUUAGCUACAAUAUAAAAUCAAUUGCAUGUGGUCCUAGGCAUGUGUUAGCACUUUCUGAUGAGAAUGAUGUUUUUGCCUGGGGUUAUAAUACUCAUGGUUGCCUUGGAUUGAAGAAAGCUGAAUUUCAAAUUUAUCCUUUGCUGGUUAAAAUUUCAAGCAAAUCGAAGCUUGAAAAAGUUUUUUGUGGAGUGGAUUGUUCUUUUUUAAUUACUGAUGAUAAAUCAUUACUUGCUUGUGGCAAUAACCGACACAACAAAUUAGGUAUGGAUUCAGGAGAAGGUUAUCAAGUAGAAGAAGUAAGAGAAUUUACCCCAAUUGAAUCUAAACCUCUGUCUGAAUGCAAAAUAGUUUCUAUUAGCGCUGGAAAAUCUCAUACUCUUUUUCUUUGUGAAAAUGGUGAAGUGUUCUCUGUGGGCUCAAAUCAUUAUUUUCAACUUGGUUGUGGUAAGUCUGGAUUAGAUUACAGUCUACCACAAAGAAUAGAAAAACUAGAAAAUUUUAAUAUAGGUCAGGUGGCUUGUAGCGAUUUUUACAGCAUGGCAGUUUCUGAAGAUAAUUACUUGUUCUGUUGGGGAAAGUAUCCUAGCUGUUUGGAAGAAAAGAAAGAUUCUGAAUUUUGUGAUGUAGAAAUUCCAAGUUUUUUUAAAGAGAAAAUUGUCACUUUUGUGUCUUGUAAUUCUGAAAACUGCUUGGUAGUUGGUGAAGAAAGAUGUUUGUCAAAAUGAAUGACAGCUUUUAUUCAAGGAAUUAAUUCUGUCAAGAGAUUUUUGAGUAUUUGUUACUGCAUUUGAUUAAUUUAAAUUAUCUUUUGGAAAAUUCAUAUAUUUUUGUACUAUUUUGAAGAGCUGUUAUGUGCAAUACUUUAAUGUAAUAAUUAUUAAUAAAAAAUUUUGUUUU